UGGCACACAUUGCCUACGGCUCUCGAAAUAGAGUGAUACGAGAGGAUUACAGGCUCGCUAUUUGCUAGCAGGCGACUUAAAUUACCUAUCAAAAGCGACCAAUCUUCCAAUGCUCUCCGGCUACCAACGACCACUAGCCAGGAUCAUUUGGGUUAAUUCGGCGCGAGCAUGUAGGAUGUAGUUCAAGGGCGAGCAGGGACAGAUUGGAACCCCGCUAGGAAGGUUGGUGCGGGAGGGUCACGGGUGCGGCGUGUCCGCAGUUUUUGUUCACCUCACUGGAUAGCUGCGGAGUAGAGGACAACAGCAGAUAGAUUGAGAGAGACAGAGCGAGAGAGAGACACAGAGAGAGUAUAGUCUCGAAAUUAACAGCAGUCCUGCAAGGCACUAUCAAAUUGCAAAGUGCAUUUUUUAGGCAGAGCUGUCCAUGGGACUGACGCACCAUAAAAGGUUAUACGGAGAGUUCUCUCCCUGCUAUGCAUUAAGGGUAUAAAUAACCCUUGGAACGUUGUAUGUGUGUUGUGAUCAACUGAUUCUGCCAACUUUUAUAUGGCAUGGCGGAUAACCUUCAUCAAAAUGAGUUUUGACAUCGAAGAUGCUGCGAACUUCUGGAAUAACGGUUCCGCGGAAAUGUCCUCGGUGGCGCAGGCCCCGGUAACGUUGCUGGAGUCUGGGAAUAGCUCCAACCGUUCCACCGUUGCGAGCCCACUGGACCUCACACGCGCCGUGCCUGUGGGUAUGAUCCUCGGUGCCUUCAUAGUGUUUGCUAUCGUGGGGAAUAUCCUCGUGAUCCUGUCCGUUGUGUGUAACAGACAUUUGCGCAUACCGACCAACUACUUCAUCAUCAACCUGGCCAUCGCUGAUCUGCUCCUGGGGACCACGGUGCUCCCUGUGUCCGCCACCCUGGAGAUCCUGGAUUACUGGGUGUUCGGACGGAUCUUCUGUGACAUUUGGGCCGCGGUCGACGUGCUGUGCUGCUCCGCGUCCAUCAUGAGCCUGUGCGUCAUCUCCAUAGACCGCUACAUCGGGGUGCGCUACCCGCUGCAGUACCCCAGCAUAGUGACGGAGAAGCGGGCCUUGCUGGCCAUGCUCGGGGUCUGGGUCCUGGCCACCGUCAUCUCCAUUGGACCGCUGCUCGGUUGGAAGCAACCGCCGUCCGAGGACGACACCGUUUGCCCAAUCACCGAGGAACCGUUUUACGCGCUCUUCUCUUCACUCGGAUCCUUCUACAUUCCCCUCGCGGUAAUUCUGGCCAUGUACUGCCGCGUGUACAUCGUAGCCAAACGGACCACUAAGAACCUGGAGGCGGGAGUCAUGAAAGAGCGCACGGAUUCCAAUGAGUUUACGCUCCGGAUACACUACAAGGGCGCGAGACUGCAGGAGUACUGCGGGACGGGAAAGGGACAGGCGCGGAGCACGCUGACCGUCAAGUUUCUCAAGUUCUCCCGGGAGAAGAAAGCUGCUAAGACGCUCGGUGUCGUGGUGGGCAUGUUCAUCCUCUGUUGGCUGCCGUUCUUCCUCGCGCUGCCCAUCGGUUCUUUCAACGCAAACCUGCGGCCUCCCAAAACCUUCUUCAAGGUGAUCUUCUGGCUGGGCUACUUCAACAGCUGUCUAAACCCCAUCAUCUACCCCUGCUACAGCCGUGAGUUCAAGCUGGCGUUCAUCCGCAUCCUGCGCUGCCAGUGUCACCACAAGAGGAAGCAGGGCUGGCGAGCCUAUUACAACUACCGGCCCCACCUAGGCUCCGCCUCCAACCAAGCGUACCUGAACGGCAGCCUGCAAACCCUGUCCUCCAUCACCCCCUCCCCCCGCUGUGUCAGCCGGGCUGGUGGGGAGGCUGGAGGAGGCACCGGAGGGGGUACGAACCUGGAGCCUGGUUGGGGCAGCGGGUCCAUGCUGUCAGCCCUCUCCCAGCCCGGAAGCCCUUUCUCUGGGCAGAUGCUGGCGCUACCAGGGGCCGGGAGCCGGGGGGGGCUCGGACUCGGCAGGGUAAACCCGGUGUCACCGCUGCCCCGGGAGAUGGUGUCAGUCCACGUUAACAGGCAGAGCGGGAAUGGAGAUGUGGAGCAGCACGGAGAAGAUGGCAGAGCCACAUCCGAGAGCCUGAUGUAAUCAUGGAGGAUGCCACUGAAAGCGUUAAUUAACCGUGACACACACACACAUGAGAACUCCUUCUCACACUGGCGGGACAUCAAUGCAACAUUUCUGGGACACGACAAGAUCAUUGUUUUCUGAAGAGGACAGGGAUAGGUGUAGUUCAGUGGUAUAGUUUGACUGCAAAUCAAAAAGUUUAAAUAAAUACUUUAUUUAUUAUUACAUUCUUUAAGAGAAAUAUUUGCAGUUUGGUUCCUCAGUGACCAUCACUGAUGUUGACCACUAGUAAUGGUCUCUCUAAACACUGAGACUGAAAUAUCCUGUCCCGUCAGGGAUGAGGA